AUGGCCCUCCUGUCACGGCCCUCCCUCCGCUCUGUGCGACGGGAAGAACCUGGCGGAAAGAAACAUCGCCUCAACCGCCGCCGCAGCUCCCCCGACUGCCUCGACACCACAACCCCAGAAACCAAACCGCGCCCGAAUCUACCCUUGAAAGUCGCGCGCCCGCGGACCUCGACUCGUCGCGACUCCUCCGCGUCCGUUGAUACGGUCGCCUCCGCGCAAUUGGCGACACCGGCUGCUCGCGCCAAUGGGAAUGGCAGGAGCCGCGCCCGUGACCCCAACACACCUUCGAUCGCGACCGACUUAUUGUCUGCUCGUGAGUCGCCAGAUCCGUUGGAUACUAUUUCGCCCGCGCCUGCGUCUGUCGCGGUUAAGCAGCGACCUGUCACGCCCGCUGUGACUGCGAAGUCGGAUGUCAAGGCUGCUGUUUCGCCCGUGGCUCGUGCGACUCGUCGAUUUGAUACUCGCGCGUUGAGUGAGAAGCAGGAAACGGUCAACGGUGGUGGGGGUGGCGAUGGUGCGGCUGGGUUGACGUCGACGCGAAAUCGCAAGAGCGAUGUGGGCGACGGCGAGCAGCCUGAGGUGGACGAGAAGCAGGCAGGACGGCGGUCGUUGCGCUCGACCGAUACCGGCUCACGGUGUAAGAGCGAGCUUGCGCAGUAUUUUCAUAGCUAUGAACAGAUUAUCAGUUUGGAGGAUCCUGAGCCAGAAUCUCUCAAUGCCAAAACUACCAUCAUACUUGUCGAUGACCUCUCCCAACCUCUACCCUUCUCCUCGCAGCCUGAGCCGACGCCCUUCGGAAACCCUCUCCUCAAGCUGUACGACUGCGAGAAGAUCACACUUCAUGAGCCGGCAUCAAAUCCAACUGCUGUCGACCCGCUGGGUGCAGAGACAUACUUCCGCGCGCAUCGCAAGUUCGAGCGUCAGGAGAAACAGUUACGAAAUAUUGAGCGAGACCGCGCACAGCAUGAACAGCAGGUCCUGGAACGACUCCUCGACGAGCUCCGCGGUCACGACUGGUUACGAGUGAUGGGAUUGCCUGGGGUGCACGAAAGCGAAAAGAAGCAGUACGAGCCAAAGCGAGAUAUCCUCAUCUCGGAGCUAGUCGCCCUGGUCAACAAAUUCCAAGCCUGGAAAGACGAGGAACGACGCCGCAAGCUCGCCAAAGAGAAACCUCUCCCAACUCUAGACAACGAGUCUGAUGCUGCAUCCCGCAACCAAUCUCGAAAACGCUCCCGCCCUGCCGAGGAUAUGGACAGCUCUCCAGCACCAGGGACAGACAUACAAAGCACGCCAGAUCCCAACGACGUGGACGCAUUAGCAGCGCGCCAACUCCACCAAGAAGCGCGCUCUGCAUCAGCCCCCAAACCACGCAAGCCGUCAACAACUUCCCGUAAAUCUACUUCAAACACCAAAACCACCCAUACACACGGUGACGGCCACAGCCGUGGAAAUAUCAAUGCAACCGAAACACCCAUCUCCGCCCCCAAAACCAGCCCAAAAACAAAGAAAAAGACCGACCCAACUCCACCAAAAGCCCUUAAACAAAUGCCUCUGUCCUUCUUCUACGAACCAGUCGUCCAAGAUAAACCCUUCACCUCAUUCUUCCGCCAAAAGCACGUCCGCGAAGCAGCCAUCGCCGCAACAAAGGGUGACCGCCGCGGUGGCUCGCGCUCUUCUCUUGCUUUUGGCCAUCCGGUUCCUGAGCAGGUUGAGCACGAGUUCGAGCCGCCGGCUGAACUUCUUACUGAGGAGGCUAUCACUGCUUCCCAGCGGAAAAGGCGGAGGCUUAAACGGCAGAGCCAGGGACGCAGCCGCGGCUCUGUGCCAGGGAGACCACUGAUAGUCGACUCGGACUCCGACAGCAACCCUGCUAUCCCGGCCCCGUAUCCAAACCAGCACCAGCUACUAGGUGACCUUCUUCGUGCAUAUGGCACAGACAGUGUGACCGAAGUGAGCCGGGAAUUCAUCGCCUCGUUUGAUCGGACCGCCACCCCAGACCGACAGCACUGGGAGAGAUACCUCCGCUUCUUCAAGCUGCUGGCCCACGAGGCAGACCCUCGGGUGGAUGAAGAUGCACAGCCGGUUCACCGCCAUACCCUAGUGGAGAUCCCAGGCCUCGCCAUCAAGCUCAAGCCCUACCAGGCCUGGGCCGCAUACUCCAUCCUCUCUGAGGAGAAGCGGAAGCGCGGAGGCUUCCUGGCCGAUGAGAUGGGGCUAGGAAAGGUCCGUACUAGCAACCGCUGCGUGUCUACGCCCAAGUGCUCCACUGACUCUCUUCCAUCAGAAUUGCAUUGA